AUUGGUUUGCCGCUGUGGCCAGUACUCGACAUUUGGGCGGAUUAUCAUCCAACUUUCUUUCGUUGGCUUGUAUCAGUUAAGUGGAGUUCCGUGUUUUCAUUAUUAUGAUAAAAUCGUAAUAAAGUGACGUUUUUAUGGUUUGAAUGUGUUUCGAUGAACAGAAUUCUCUGAGUUUGUACAGUUGUUUUCUUGAAUUUGCCUUGCUAAGUAUGCUAAUUUGACUGCGACCUUGUUCAAAAUAACAUUCACCCUUUAGAGUUUUUGCAACAACCUGAAUAGAAAGAUAUUAUUUGUUGUACUCUUGUCCAAGCUUUGUUGACCGUAAUGUUCUCCGGUUUUUGUUGUGGAGCCACUUGGGGUUACCAAGUAUCAUCUUUGCCGGUGGUUAAAUUUCUUCUCAUAAAUAUAGUUACUUCAUGCUAUUUGUGUGGCGUUGAGACGUCGUUGCAAAACGUUGGUGUUAUCUUAACACCAAUUCUCAGUUUAUGUAGUAAAUAGAAUGUACUGAUAGAAUAGUAACUGAUUCCCGAUUUACUCGUAGUUUCGGUCUUGUGUAUCUCCGUGUUUCUCCAUCCUGAUAUCGUUUACAAGAUCUGGUUAUGCCUCUCACUAGACAGAACUUAUCCACUAGGUAACCUGAGUUAUGUGGCUUUCGCACAUUUUUGGAAUAAAUUGAGAGUUAAAGGGAUAUCACGAACCUAACACUGACGAGUAUACAGUAACAAAGGUAGUAGGUAUCGGUAGAUUUAUACCAUCUAAAACCUUGAAGUGAUUACCUAUCUUUUGAGACGGUUAUUUAGGAAAUCCUGAUUAUGUUCUCUACGUUCAAAGAUCGACAAGGGUUCUAAGGUCAGUGAGUGACAUAAAAAUCCGGUCUUUUUGUAAAACUUUAUCUACAAAAAUCAGAGAGAAACCUUCACUCGACUUUACUUACGUUCUGAGUGUCCUCGGUGCGUGACCAAUAACCUUAGGACCAUCCAGAGAACUAUGUGGAAUGACUUUUUCAGCACCGCAAUUGGAUACUUUAGCAAUCGCGAAAGUAUUUAGUCGUGUAACGACUGAACAACUGACACAGGUUGACCCCCAAGCUGCUGAUUAAUACCAAAUUUCACACUUGAAAAGUAGAUUGGAGCUUAAAACUUAAUAUUUUACGUUUUAUGGUGUCGAAACGGAAGGGAACAAAAAGCCCAUAAGUCAGCAAACGUUGCGUCAGAGUUAGGAGUUUGGAGAUGUUUCAAUCUAAUUUGGGAUAUUUUUGUGUCAAACAAAUCAUGUCUUUGAUUUCUUGUACGGGGUCUUAUUUGAUUUAUAUGGCUUACCAACUAAAAAAAAAACUAAGUUUUAGCUGGUACAGAAAAGACUCGAUAACGCAAUUGGCAUUUAGUAGCUGUAUCAGUGUAAUUUACGUUUCUUUAUUUACCAAUAACAUCUUAUUGCGGCUGUUUGAAACUUAUUUUAAAUCAAAUCCCUUCGAAGACCACAUGUUUCUCUCUAAUCACACAAACGUUUCAAUGAUAGUAGUACGCGAUAAUCUUAUCCCAAUGUAUAUAAUCCCUUUCUUAUUUUGUGGGUGCGUGAUUAUUAAAAGAAGGAAUAUAGAACCCUUGAGUAAAUUGUGUGUACUUGAAUAGUUUUGAAAUAUGCACUAGUUAUGAACUCAGUCCGUUGUUUCCCAGUGGAACUAAACUUUAGAGUUUACACCAUAAGCAGAAUAUCAUUACUCACUGGCUUGUUUGGUCUAACAAAUGCCAUUUAAAAAUAAGAAGUAAUAACAUUAAGCAUAGAAUAAUGCAGUUCGUUAUUAAACUCUAUAUUUUAACUCACAUAUCACUCCAACUGUAUGUUUUAUAUGGUCUAGUUCCAAGUUAGUUAAAAAUAAAAGCCAAAACCGAAGUACAUGGAGUAGGGUUAGAACCCGAAUCAUAUUUGCUUUAAGUCGGACUCCUUAAUUUGUAAACCGCCGUCCCGUAUAGAUCAUAUAAUUAAUGCUUUUUAAAGGGGCGUUUGAUAACAGAUAUAAAGCGUAAGGGUGGUUUUCUUAUUUUGUUUCUCAGUGUUGUUUUUGUUGUUUACUCUUCUGUAUUCAGUUAUCAUUUUUAUGGGGAAUAAAACCUUAUCGCUUCACUUUUACCUUAAUUUAUUUUCUACUCAGAUGAGUGUAGUUGUAGAAACGGUUGGAAUAAAUGACAUUUCAUGUCACUGACACAUGCAUGUACUAUUUCAUAUUUCGAGAUUACUGUACAGUCCUCGUUCAUUUACUAGUUUAAGUCGAUAAAUAUUUACUGAUCCCACAUUGUAAGUACAUUGUGAUUAACUUCUAAAUGCUAUACGCUUUUUACCGCGUUUCUUAACUAUUUUUGUUACUUAUUAUAACAAGACUUGUUUACCCUCUUGGUAUUACUGUAAAGUCAAGUAACAUGAAUAGUUGCUUUAUUGCACUAGCUCUUUCGUUUUACUAUUUAGAGUAACGUUGACUCAACGUUUUUUGCACCAGUGGUCUACAGUUGGUCACGUAACUUUUUUUAUUCCAGAUGCCUGCUCCAAAGCGGUUGCGGGAGUUGGUAAGAGACAUUAGAUCUGCACGAACUGCUGCAGAAGAACGGGCGAUUGUAAACCGGGAGUGUGCUUUAAUUAGAGAUAGUUUUCGGGAAGAAAAUAACACUUACAGAUGUCGUAAUGUGGCCAAAUUGUUAUACAUUCACAUGCUGGGUUACCCAGCACAUUUCGGUCAGCUUGAAUGUUUAAAAUUAGUUGCUUCUCCACGUUUCACCGAUAAAAGAGUUGGUUAUCUGGGCGCAAUGCUUCUACUUGACGAACGAACUGAUGUACAUCUUCUAGUUACAAAUUCUUUAAAAAAUGAUUUGAAUCAUCCUACUCCAUAUGUUGUUAGUUUGGCUCUGUGCACUUUGGGAAGUAUAUGCUCUGCUGAAAUGAGCAGAGAUCUAGCCGGUGAAGUUGAACGACUAAUUAGAUCAUCAAAUGCUUACAUAAAAAAGAAGGCGGCAUUAUGUGCCUUUCAAAUAAUUCGAAAGGUACCUGAUCUCAUGGAAAUGUUUAUACCAUGUACACGUUCUCUUCUUUCCGAGAAAAAUCAUGGAGUCUUAUUGGCUACUAUUUGUUUAAUUCAAGAAAUGUGUGAACGUAGUCCGGAUACUUUGAAUUAUUUUCGCAAGCAAUUAGUUCCAACACUAGUACGUACUUUAAAGAAUCUCAUUAUGACUGGUUAUUCUCCUGAUCAUGACGUUAAUAAAAUAAGUGACCCAUUUCUGCAGGUGAAAAUACUGAGGCUCAUGCGUGUUCUAGGUCAUGGUGACAAAGCCUCCAGUGAAGCAAUGAACGAUAUUCUAGCUCAAGUGGCUACAAAUACUGAGACGAGUAAAAAUGUUGGCCACGCGAUUCUCUAUGAAAUUGUGUUAACAAUAAUGGGAAUAGAAUCAGAUCCAGGAUUGCGAGUUCUUGCCAUAAACAUUUUGGGUCGGUUUCUACUAAAUACGGACAAAGAUAUUCGCUACGUCGCUCUCAAUACUUUGUUGAGAGUUGUAUAUGCUGAUUCUAAAGCUGUACAGAGGCACAGAUUGACAAUAUUGGAUUGCUUGAAGGAUCCUGAUGUUUCGAUACAAAGGCGUGCUAUCGAUUUAUGUUUUGCAUUAACAAAUCAUACAAAUGUUUGUUCAAUGGCCAAGGAACUUCUACUUUAUUUACAGAGUUGUGAUAAUGAAUUCAAAGGCGAUGUUUGUUCAAAUAUCUCAAUAGCAGCGGAGAAAUAUGCUCCAAAUAAGAGAUGGCAUGUGGACACCAUGAUGAAAUUGUUGACCACUGCUGGAAACUAUGCUCGGGAUGAUGUCGUCUCAUCUCUAGUUAGCCUGAUUUCUCAAAAUCCUAGUCUACACGCGUACGCUACCGUUCAGCUUUUCAGUGCUAUGAAUGGAGCUAUGUCUCAACAACCUUUGGUUCAGGUCGCUUGUUGGACAAUCGGGGAAUAUGGGGAUUUGUUGGUUUCUCCAGAACCUUCAGAAGAUAUUCCACAGCCAGUUACUGAAUUAGAAUUGAUUACUGUGUUACAGCGUGCUCUGGUUAGUGUGACUUCAACAGUGCAAACAAAACAAAUGGUUAUAAACACACUUGUUAAACUAACCACACGUUUUACUCCAACACAUUUAGAAAAACUGAAAGAACUCAUUAGCUUUUAUUCGACUAAUGUGAAUCUAGAGCUGCAACAACGAUCUGUUGAAUACAGCAAAAUUUGUUCACAACCUAUAAGUAUUCGUGGUGGUUUACUUGAUUGCAUGCCAGUACUACCAACAAAUGCUUUGUCUGGAACUUCGAAUCCAGAUAACCUGAGUCGUGGAAUUAAUGAAUGUGAUGUCAUCGAAACUGAAGAAAGUAACACCGGAGGUGCAAAAACUCCAUCAAUUAAUGGUUCAACUAAUCAGUCGCUUACGAUUUUCGAUUUAUUGGGUCCAGAAAGUGAACCUGAUUCUCAUAUGACUCAAAGCGCGACCACGAAUCAUUCUGAUACUGGGACUAAUUUACUAGAUCUUCUUGAUGUAUUUGCUCCAUCUGAAACCAAAGUGUCUAACAAUACUCAAAAUGCACCAGGAUUUUCAGGUGAUUUAUUUGGCACUAAAAAUGGUUACGGUGCCCCUAUCAUUCAACCUGCUCCGCAGCCUUCUGUCUUGGAUUUCGACUUUGUCAAUAAUUCCGGUCCAGGUUUGACAAAUCAAGGUCAGUUAACCUAUAUUUUCUGCUGCUUCAUAAUUGAUAGGGACCAAUAAUUAUACGACUUUACUAGUUCUCUCUUGUCUGCAUAGUAAACUAAUAAUAAAAUUUAAGUUGUCGACUGAUAUGAGCAAUUCUUUUAUCGCACCUGUAUUCGACUACGAUUUUUAAAGAAAGGAGAAUCACUAUUUUCUCGGUAAAACAUUUUCUCAUCUCAAUACCUUUCACUUUUAGUACCAUGGAUAGUAUAUAAUUGUUUAUUUUUUAGUUUACUUCACUAUGUAGUUUUUUUCCACACAUCUAUCCAUUAACAGAAGUUAUAACCUAAACCUUUUAUUGGUUGUCUACUAAUUACUAAGACUCAGUACAUUCACUUAGAUAUUUUCUACCUUAAUUAUAAAGGAGUAUGUUAUAUCCAAGGUAAGAUAUUUCCAGCACCUUUUAUCUUCUAGAGAGCUACAUUUUUUGGAGAUACUGGUUAUCUUUGGGAAACAUCUUAUUAUCUCCACAUUUCAGUAAAUUUUCAUUUCGGUGCUGUAUUUAGCAACUUUUAGUCUUACAUCACUCCAGUCAAUAAAGCUCAUUUGUGAAUAUGCAUUGAGUAGGUCCGACUACCCACCCCCAUCAUGGUAUCAUCGCCAGUCGAGUAUGUUUCCCUAGGAAAUAUGUACGUUUCUUAUAUUUUAUGGGAUAAUUGGAGACUUUUGUUCGGUGGUCAAUGUCCUAUGAGGGUAACAGGCAUAAGUAAAUAAGCAAAAUGGUAAGAUAUAUCUAUGAGAACGAAAGUUGAAUAUGUAUGCUCAAUUAUAACAACUACUAAACAUCUAAUUUCUCUACAAUUUUAUUAGUGAAGAGAUAUAUACUCCCUGGUGUAAGCUUUUUCAAGGCAGUAUAAGAGGAGAUGUUAUUAUCUACGUACCACACAAGCAAUCGUACUGAUUUUAUUUCUCAGAUAGGUUUUAGAAAAUUAUUUCGGAGUCUCGAAAGUACACUUGCAAAGUAGUUCGUAUUUCCAGAGAAAGUGUAAACAGUUGUAGACGAAGUAGUGGAAUAUCAGGCCUGCCAUCUUUUCAAAGUAAAUGUUUGCGAUCCCGUGUACUUCAUGACUAUUUAAAACUUUAUAUCAUGUUAUGGCCUUACUAACUUGGAGGAUAGAUGGACGAAAUAGAUUAUAUAGUGCUACUGAUGUUUUGCGUGACUUCUGAACCAGUUCUAUCAUUAUUAUUGUUAUUUAUUAUUAUUAUUUUUAAUUUGAAAAAACCACCGAAAAGGUUUUGAAUAGUUCUAGAGUCGUUUAUAAAUGAACCUUUAUUCAAGAAUCAGGGGUUAUCUCGACUUUUGUGAUUAUCUAAUUCAUGUAUUUAAACGGAAAACUAAGUUUUUAUACUCCUAAAUUGCUAGCAAGUGCUGGCAAUGCAUAAAUUAAUAGCUUUUAACCUUUGAGUUUUUGUAGUUUGAUUAAAAAUUAUAGUUAUUUGUACAACUGUACAAAAAUCAUUGUACCUAAAGUAAUGUUUCUGAAGGCAUCUUAAUUUAUUACGAUAGUUAACUGGUAUGAAUAUUCCAUUAGACCUAAUAGUCUUGUAUCUUUGAAAGGUCGAAUGGAAUGUAAGCGCAAAAUAGUGAUUUGAUUGAAUUUGUCCAGUCCAUCUACGCGACCACUACUGGAGUAUUUACUCCAAUACCUUAUCAGGGUUUCCAGGAAGUCUCGAUAGUAAGUAAUUUUUUUGUAUGGGGAAGGUAUUAUUAGGAUUGAUAGUAAUUAAAAGAGAACCGACAUCUAUUAUCUGUUUACUGAUUUUAAUUUCGUGUUAACUUUUGCAGAUAGUGACAAUAUUUCGACGGAAAACUAGGUUGACGGUGUUAUCUUGUUGAAAUGUGACCAAUAGUUUGUGUCUAGUAUAGCUACGAAUUCUUUAUCACUGGACUGAUCUAUACGAGUAGUCUAAAUUAUAUCUCAGUAUUUGAUGUCUCCUCUAUUGACUUUUACAGCAAAAUUUAAAACAGGAGUAUGUGUAAAUGCACUAGAAAUCAGAUCGUUCACAGUAGUCAAAGUGUCUAGAGCUUUACAUACACAACGCAGAAGUAUACUGUGGCUCGUGGGGGUUUUCUGAGAUUCAAACUGAUUUUAUUAGUGUUGAGAACACUUUUCAACUUUAUCAACUAGACAAUCCAGUGCGUAAAAUAGACAUCCACCUCUACGUUCAUGUUCCGUAUUGCAUGAAAAUAGUAGAUAGCUCUGAAUAUUUAAUUCUGAAUCAGAAAUAAAAGGGCUCCUUUAUUCUGUAACCAUUACAAAAGAUGAUGUGGCUGGUAAGAGUAUGGUUUAUAAAAUCGCAGUUUUAUUGGAAAUUGAAUGUGCAUUGUUAAGCAAUAAGUCUAAGAAGUGUGAAUUUUUAAAAAGGCCGAUAUGUUAUGUAUUCCAGUCAUGCGUGUUUAUCCCCAUUCCACACAAUUUCGUAAUGAUUUUAAAAACUCGUAAUGUUAUUGGCAUACUCAGUGAAGUAGCCAAAAAAGUUGAAAUACAGCACAUUUUCUAGUUAAUAUGAGUUUAAGUAAUGAUCUAAAGUAAAUAUUUUCUUAUGUCACAAUGUCGUCACAAGCAAUCAUUCAUUUUUACAUUAACGUUACUGGUUGAAUAUCUCAUUCUAAUACCAUUAACUACGAGGACAUUGCAGAAAACGGUGUAUACAUUUAUUAGUUGAUUUAUUUAAAGUAUAAUUCAUUUUCACAUUCAUUUUAUAAACGUAAUUCACUCAUUGAUAAGAAGCUGUAGAAAUCACAGAUAAGUGUGAAUGUUAUCUCGUUACCCAUUGUUUGGUUCCAUGGUAUGUUUUAAGUUACAGUAAUGAAUUAUGAGGCUUAAAUUUACUUUGUUGAUAUGAGUUCCAUUUUAACAUAAAUUUCGUUUGUUUACUUUGUUAAGUAAAUCUUAACCAGGAAAAUUUCUUACAACUACUGGAUAGUUUUAGAAUAGGCGGCCCAAAAGUUUGAGCAAACAACCGUGGAAGAAUUUCUUCGAAUUGAGUGGUCAAAAUACAUUACUUAAUUAACUUGUUUCUGAAAAUUUGCUGGAUUUCAAGAAGAAUGAACGAAUUAAAUUAUCAUACCUAAUAAGCAAUAGUGUAUAUUGAUUUAAUUCAGUGAUGAAGGUUGGUCAUUCAAUGCUUUCAUGAACUGGUCCCUGUUAUGUCCUUAACUUAUACGAUUGCCAAAUUUAGAUGCGCGGACUUGUACGACCAACAAAUGAUGCAUAUACCUGAACGAGCGUCCUAGAGUCUCGAUUGGUCCUUCGUUUUGUCUGUUAAGUCCAGAACACAGUGUAUGAUGCUGUUAUUGCUUGUGGAGGUAAUGAACUCAUGACUAACAGUACAAGUCAUGUGUUGCUAAGAUACCUUCGCCACAUGACUGGUCUCUAUCAGUAACCCAGUUUAUUCCAGGAUAGUUUAAGUACUUCUAAUGCUAUACAGGCUUUAAUGCUCCUCUGGGAGACUUAAUAUUAUAAUCUUUUGAAGAUUGCAUCAUACUAAAAUUUUUCUCCAAUAAAUUAGAGCUCGGAUUAGCCCGCGAUAAGUUUGUACCACAAAUGUGUGUUUGUGAAGAAUCAAUAAAACUUGCUAUAGUCUCUGCAACCCUUUUUGAUUUGUUCUUAUUCGCAAAUCUUUGGAUGGCAGUUUUAUCUUGAUAUAUACGAACAUUUUUUUGACAGUAGAUGCAACAAAUAGCUGUUCAUAAUCUUUCAGUUCUGCAACUGAAUGAGAAGAAAAUCUGAACAAGGUCUGGCAUGAGUACGUUACGCAUUGUUGGUACAACGGAUAUAUUGGCACGAGCUGUCCAGAAGACUAACUGCUUUCAAUAUCGAGUACCUAACAGAAUUGAGCGGGGCGGGGGUAUCAGGAAUAUUCCUAAUAAUCACAAUAUUUCCAAAGACCAUUCACUUAGUAACUUCUUUAGCUAUAAAAUUAGUGACGAGAUCAGCUUCAACCACAUCACACUGUGUUGAAAUUCCAUUUUGUAGCGUAUAUCGCUUGCUUGCUUUCUUUACAGAAUUAUGACAAAGUGACCAAUUGUCUCCGAAUGUACAGUCACAAUGAAUUAUUCAAUAAAAGAGGAAAUCAAAUAAGUAACUGAAUACUGAAUGAAUUUAUACAAUUAGAAACAAACUAAGAAUCAAUAAACAAAAUACACGCGAAGUUAAGUGAAAGAAAAUCAUUUAAAACUGAUAUACGAAUUUUCGGAUUGAUUUUCUUCAUGUAUUUAGAAAUAUAACAUCAUCAACUAUGACAUUUCGCAUUACCCAUUGUUUAAAUUUCGUCGGAAGUCAAUAAUAUUGUAUGUUCUUAUGUAUUUAUUUUUCGUUUUAUUUCAGUAUUUCAAAAUAGAUAUCACGAAUACAACACUAAAUAGUUUCAUUUUCGUAACUUUAUCCGUUCUUAAAGUGUAAUAUUAUCACUUUUCAUGUGGAGUACAACUUUUUUAACGGAGUAAUUGAUAGUUUGUAAUCUCCAUUCAAUUUCUACAACAAUUUCUUUAUUUAGUCUCGUCAAUUCCAUCCACCACGAUAUACAAUUCAAAUGAGAUAAAAAUUGUAUUCAACUUCGUGCCUUCCGCUGUACUAGAUGGUCAAUUUAACAUAAUCACAAUACAGUUAGUGGCAACUACUACAAGUCUUCAGCCAAUUAAUUCUUUUGAAUUUCAGGCUGCUGUACCCAAAUCUUGUCAGUUACAGCUUUUCCCACCAUCGUCUAGUUUUAUUUCAUGCGGCCCUAACUCUACUCCGCUAACACAAGUGUUGAAGCUUAGCAUUCCACCGAAGGUACGUCCACGGAUGAAGAUUCGUCUGCAGUUUGUCAAAAACGGUGAGACAAAAACUGACGAGUUUCAACUCGAUGACUUUCCACAAGUAUUGUGGCAGUAAUAUUUGAAGAAUCUUUUAUGAACUAAACAGAACCAUUCAUCAACUCUCAAGUCUAACCCAGAGUAAAUCUGGAGUUAUUUUUAUUCUGGCUGUGCUUAAUCGUGUAUUUAUGCGAAAAUCAUUAAUAUGCUGUUUUUUGUUUGUAUAAAGUGUUAUGUGUACCCAAGACUGUUUAUUGAAAUUGCCACAGUGCCUCCAUUGUUUCUUGUUAUUAAUUUUCAGCCAGCUCCACAUUCUAAUAUCAUGUGAUUCUAAUUUUUGCAUAUCGUUCCGGCAAUAUUAACAAAUAAACCCGACAUGCAAAUUUUCACUUUAUUGCUAAUACUGAUCUUGGGAUAAAUUUAAUUUCUUUUAUCUUUGAUACACUUUUUUUUUGUUUAUGUCAAAAUCUUGUCUGUUUCGUGAUGUUUAAUGGUCUAUUUUGUAUCAAAAGUAUUUUAUUUGAGCUGACAAUUACAGGUAUGCGUACAAUUGAUAUUUCAACAUUCCGACUGUCUUCAUGAUCACAUGUAACAGACUGGUCCUCUGGAUUAAUUAAUGGUUGACCGAUCGAUUGCUUUUCUGUAACUUGUCAGUUUGAAUUAAAAUCCUAAUAGAAUUUCGUUCAUUGUCAGUCAGUUACUCUCAUGAACUCUGUGUUUGCUGCUAAAACUUUCCAUGUGAAAUCAAACUUUUAUGCACUAUUAAUAUUUUAAAUUCUCCGUAUUAUAGUUUUAUUUUUUUCUGUGAUGCAAUUAUUCUGUUCAUUAUUUGACAACUAAUUGGUUUAAAAAGGUAUACUAUUGUAAAACGUAAAGUUCAAUAUAGGUGUUCAUUCAAUUGUGGCAGUUAUACUGUUUGCAAGUAAUUACACCUUGUAGUUAUGAGUUUAUGGUUUUUACUUAAGCAAAAUUAAUUAGAGAAUUUAAAAUAAUCAUUCAACACUUAAUACAUUUAUGCAUAUUUAUAUCUAAAACACUAGUCAAAUGUUUUCAAGUGGUUUUAAGAAACAUAUUUUACGUGAUGAAAAAACAAUAAACUGUUGAGAUAGUGUUCUC